AUGGCGGUGCCGUGGGGGUGCCAUGGGGGUGCCGUGGGGGACCCCGAGGCGCCGGGUGCGAACGCCCCGUGGCCAGGCUGCCGGUGCCACCCCGCGUCGCUGCCGUGUCCCCCGCUGCCGGUGCCGGCGGGAGCUGUGCCGGUGGCUGCGGGGGGUGUCCCGGGGCUGGAGGGUGCCGGCUCGGUGGCUGCCGCUGCGGCUUUAAGCGCGGGGGGGGCCGGGUGUCGUGUCCCGACCCGGGCGGCAGCGGCAGCGCCUGUUUACGGCUCCCGCGGAGUGCUGAGAAAAGGAGGGGAGAGGCGGGUGCUGACUCGCAGCUGUGGCUGCCGGCAGCCGCCGAGCUGGUUCCGCCGGCCCCGCAGAGCCAGGGAGCGCCGGGUCGGGAGCUGCUGCGGCUCCCCGCGGCUGGCUCGGGGGCACUCAAGCAGCCUGAGGCAAUCCAGGAAGAUGUGGCCAUUCUGGGGACUGGAGCUGAACAGAGCCCGCUGUGACCUGCUCUUCACAGAAGCCAUCAACCAAAGGAUGCAGGUUCCCAACAGGCUGAAGGUAGCAGAGAGCUUCAGCCCUGGGGAUGAGGAGCCAGUGACAGAGGACAUCCCUCCUUCCUUUAGGAUGCACAUCCCUGAUAGGAUUUCUCUUGCAGAAAUAUCAGAUGCCAGUUUGAGGCCCAUCCUGCUGAACCAGCAAAGGAAAGUGCCCUCUGUGCUGGUGCAGAAGAGCCCAGGCCUGGCUGUGCCCGGGGAGCUGCCUGUUCCCCACGCAGGCAGCAGAUGCAGCGCCCAGAAACGCAAGCGCUCGGGUCAUCACGGCAGCAAGUCACGGCGGGAGAGGCCUGGGGGUGACUGUGGCCAGCUGGCUGUGCAGAGCCAGGGCCAGCACUGUGAGCGGCUGGCUGUGUGCAGGGUGCUGCCCCUCCAAACGCAGACAGGCAGCAUCUACUCCCUGCACAACAUCUUCCAGACCAUGUACCUCCUGGGCCAAGUGCUCUUCCACCGUGUCCAGAACUCUCUGCAAGACCCAGUGCCAUCCAGCUCCCAGGAGGCUGCCCCAGGCCCAGAGAGCGCUGUGGAGGAGGUUGAGGUGGCUGAGAUGGCAGCAAUGAAAAAGCAGCUGACCAGGAUCUCGGGGCGGCUGCGUGUGCUGGAGGAGCAGCACAACGCCUGGAGACAGAAGGAGGCCUUUGUCCACUCCAUGCUGCUCUCUGCCUGCCUCAUCAACACCUGGCUCUGGCUGAGGAGAUGA